AUGGCACAACCUAGAAGACACUGGGUUAAACUUAAAGCUCCAAGUUCGUUUUUACAAACAUUACCACACUUCCCAACCCCCAUAUCAAAGACCCGUCAAAAGAAAAUAACGGCCGAAGAGAAAAAAACGGCCGGAGGAGGUACUUCUCCAGCACCUAAAAAAGUAACAAAGAAUACAUCGAAGACAGUAUCAAAGGUAUCAUCACCAGCGCCAAGCAAUAACCAAGAGGUAUCUAAUGUGAACAAUUUCAAGAUCAAUUCGGGACUAAAGGAACUGUCGACUUCCGGGUUAACCAUGAACAGCAUAAACAGUGAACACUAUUUGUUAGAUAAAUCGGGUAAUCCUACGAAGAAAUGGAUAAAGAAGCCUACUCAGUUUAAGACUUUUAGUGGGUUCAAGAUCAAAUAUGUUACAUGGAGACAAAAGGAUAUUGGAAAAGAGCCUAAGAAUGCUGCUCCACAUCCACCGGUAAUUGCAAGUGUCAAGGAAAAUGAAAACACACCAGGUAGUUCUACAGCACCUUUAUCUGCUUCUGAAACCCCUGAAACUAAAGUCGAAGCCUAA